AUGUCGGAAGCCAUUAAUGGCAAGUCAUCUUGUCCACUAUCGUGGUCAGAGUCAUCUUGGUGGCCGCUCUGGGUUGUGCGAACUAUAAAAGAGCAGUUCCACAACACUCGGGCUACCAGCAACAGUUCUCUAUUUCAAGACCCGGAAAACUUUGAAGACGUGUCCGAUCAGUUUCCCAUACUGAAAAGGGUUAACCAAGGAGCGGUUGAGAACGUUGAGAAAUUGAGUGGAACACAUAUUGCUGACGAAGCUGUGCUCUAUUCUCCAGUCAACAGCGAUGGAGUAGGGGUUGGCGUAGAAGUCAAUUUGGAGAGUGAGAGAAAGACCGAAGUCUUUGUCAACGACACUAACAAAAACAUUGAAAACACUAAAAAUUUUAAUAUAAAAAACAUAGAGAAUGUAGAGAAUGUAGAGAAUGUAAAGACUGUUGUGAAUGAGGUGAAUGUGAACAGGGGCAUUGAACAAAAGAAAAAGAAAAGGUGGAAGUGGUUAUGCUGUCCGAUUUUUUGGCCAUUCUAUUUUUGUUUCUGGCGUGGGGAGGAUAAAAGUCUGCCGAUGACAAGAACAGACAUUGAGAUAAACCAGACAAUCAAAGAUAAACAAAAGAUCAAAAAGAAGCGCAGAAACUGUUGCUUGAUCAUUCUUUUGAUUAUCAUAAUACUUUUAUUGCUCGGAAACAUGGUUGCGUUGGAUGUUAGAACUUUGCAAUCUCCCCUUAAUUCAGCUAGUUCUACGGACACCACCAAUACUGUUGAUUCUCCCGUUCAAGUCAAGAAAGCGGUUUGCAUUUCGCUCUUUAGCGCGUUUACUUUGCAACCACAACAAUUUCCCUGCGAUUUCUGCACCAGCGAUUCAGAUGUGGCUCCCAACAUCACAGACUUUUGCGUGUUGAAAGGGAUAUGGGCUAAUGCGGUUAACGUGACUUCAAUAGAGACCGUGGCCGGCUGGAUGAAGGAUAAUAACUUUUGUAAAUGGGUUGGCGUGACGUGUGAUCAGGGAGGAAGGGUCGUGGCAUUACAAAUGAGUUUCCCAAAUGUACCGAAUACUUUUAUAGACGAUCUGGGUAACUUGGAGAACUUGUCAUCCUUAAAGAUCACGGGCAACUCUCAAGUUCCAAGCGGCCCGUUUCCAACCAGUCUGUUUAAUCUUAAAAACCUGGCUACCGUCAGGCUUGAACUGACUGCACUCUCCAAUAUGCCAAACACGUUCGAUAAGCUGUCUUCCCUGACAUCUUUGCAAUUAAUACGAAAUCCUUCAUUAGGCAAUACAUUUCCGAGUUCCGUUGCGUCAUUGUCUUUGAAUACUUUGGCAGUCUCGGGCCAGAACAUCGGUGGUGCAAUACCUGAUGUCAUAGGCAAUAGUGCGACUUUGCAAUCAAGUCUGCAAACUUUGGAUUUGAGCUUUAAUCAGUUUACUGGGACUGUGCCGGCUUCGCUUCUGCAGCUGAAAUCUCUGACCUCUCUGGUGCUUGGUAGCAAUCAGCUCUCAGGCCCAAUUCCUGCUCUUCCGACAAGUCUAACCACGUUAGAUCUUAAUACGAACCAAUUUUCGGGGUCAAUUCCAACCACAUUGACACAAAUGACUGGAUUGACUUUUUUAUCCUUGCAGGCGAAUUCAUUGACCGGACCCAUCCCGCCUUCAAUUACGCAACUGACAAAGUUGACUGAUCUGUUACUUCAGGGCAAUAAGCUUAGCGGUGGAAUACCCGAUGGUAUCGGUAACAUGAAUAUACUUAGAUUGAACCUAGCCUCUAAUGCACUCACAGGCCAGGUGCCGACAUCAGUAUGUCAGAAAUCGUACAAUGCGUGCGAUCUCUCACUGAACGCUUUAACGUCUCCUAUUAAAUGUACCGUUUGUCUUGUUUAA